AUGGCCCGCAGCUCCGGGAGACAGCUCAGGAAUGCUGCUGACGCCAUCCGGGGCUCAGCACCCUUACCUGCUUACACUGCAACUCUGCUCGUCGUGGAUGAGUUGACACAGCCGGUAGAGAUGUACUCAUGGUCGGGCAGCUCGGUGCCAGACCCGGGGCUGGACAUGCCGGCCCACGCCAGAACUCAGAAGCCUUGUGCCUACUGCCAGCGUUACAUUGAAGUGAUCAUGACUAACAGCUGUGGGGACGGGGAGCAUAUCAGAUUGGAACUUUUCUAUGCAAAUGUUUAUUGCACGGCGCCCCCCGAGCGCCGCGGCGACGGCAGCUGCCGGCGCUACCUCCUGGAGGCGGCCAACGCCAGCGCGGCGGCCGACGCGCUCAGCUGCGCCGACCCGCUCGCCGCCUUCCCCAACCGCUCGGCGCCGCUCGUACCGUGCCGGGGCGGCUGGCGGUACGCCCAGGCCCACUCCACCAUCGUCAGCGAGUUUGACCUCGUGUGUGUCAAUGCCUGGAUGCUGGACCUCACACAAGCCAUCCUAAACCUGGGCUUCUUGGCCGGGGCCUUCACCUUGGGCUAUGCAGCAGACAGGUACGGCAGACUAGUCAUUUACCUAAUAUCCUGUUUCGGUGUUGGCGUCACCGGUGUUGUGGUGGCAUUUGCACCGAAUUUCCCUGUGUUUGUGGUCUUCCGCUUCCUACAAGGUGUGUUUGGAAAGGGGACAUGGAUGACCUGCUACGUGAUUGUAACAGAAAUAGUAGGUUCAAAGCAAAGGAGAAUUGUGGGAAUAGUGGUCCAAAUGUUCUUCACCCUUGGAAUCAUAAUUCUCCCUGGAAUUGCCUACUUUAUCCCAAAUUGGCAAGGGAUCCAGCUAGCCAUAACGCUGCCCAGCUUUCUCUUCCUCCUUUAUUACUGGGUGGUUCCUGAGUCUCCCCGCUGGCUGAUUACUCGGAAGAAAGGAGAUAAAGCAUUGAAAAUCCUGAGAAGCAUUGCCAAGUGCAAUGGGAAAUAUCUCUCACCAAAUUACUCUGAGAUCACUGUUACAGAUGAGGAAGUUAGUAACCCAUCCUUUUUAGAUCUGGUGAGGACUCCCCAAAUGAGGAAGUGCACACUUAUUCUUAUGUUUGCUUGGUUCACAAGCGCAGUGGUUUAUCAAGGACUCGUCAUGCGCCUGGGAAUUAUAGGAGGCAACCUCUAUAUUGACUUUUUCAUCUCGGGAGUUGUGGAGCUGCCCGCGGCCCUCUUGAUCUUACUGACCAUUGAGCGUUUUGGACGACGCCUACCCUUUGCCGGAAGCAACAUAGUGGCAGGAGUGGCCUGCCUUGUCACUGCAUUCUUACCAGAAGGAAUACCCUGGUUGAGAACCACAGUCGCCACCCUGGGAAGACUAGGGAUAACCAUGGCCUUUGAAAUUGUUUAUUUGGUAAAUUCAGAAUUGUACCCAACAACAUUACGAAACUUUGGAGUUUCUCUUUGCUCAGGUUUAUGUGAUUUGGGGGGAAUCAUCGCCCCGUUUCUGCUCUUCCGGCUUGCGGCCAUUUGGCUGGAACUACCUCUUAUCAUCUUUGGUAUCCUCGCAUCGGUCUGCGGUGGGCUCGUGAUGCUUUUGCCUGAAACCAAGGGUAUUGCCUUGCCAGAAACAGUGGACGAUGUAGAAAAACUUGGCAGUCCGUAUUCCUAUAAAUGCGGCAGGAAAAAGAAAACUCAAGUUUCCAGCUCUCACUUUUGAGGCCCCCUGCCAAAGACAAAAGGAAGGCGCUCUCUAGGUUGACCCUUCCCACGGAACCGAUGUGCCUCGCAGACACGCGCGUGCCCAUUUCAGCUACGUCAUGCUGUAUGCCUCCAAGUACUUGUCAGACUGAACAAAGACAUCCAGACUACCCAGAGUAUUUUUAUAUAAUGCGGGAUGAAUUAGGAUUUAGAGCGCUAUUGACGUUUCUGGGAACACGGUAUGCGGCUGGUUUAGCAAAGAGCCUGUUGUGUGGACAGCUCCCCCCGAGUUUUUUUCUGAAGUUGGAGCAGUAUCUCAGACCCAUUCAGUGAUAGAGGGACAAGAGGAGCCUUCCCCAAAUUCUCACGACCGCUGUCUCCAUCACGGAGGCAGGAAGUGCCAAGCGGGGAGCGGGGAACUGGAGGCAGAAAUGGGUUCAUCAGACUUGAGCAAGGAACUGAAGCUCUGACCUGCGUGCUCUGAAGACUGUGGGGAGGAUGAAAAUCUGGAAAUCCUAUUCAUGAAGGGGCUGAAUUGAAGGACCUUGGGCCACAUGACACUGAGCCCUUCCCUUCUCUGCUCGUUUUGAGAUCGGUAAGCCAUUGCAGCAUCUGGGCUUCCUGGCAUGUUCAGGCCUGAUUCUAUCAUUAGGAACAAAUCCGCUGUUCAGUUGGAGGACUUGGCUCUUUAUUAUUUCGUCCAUCGGUUUUGGGCCUGCGAUGACUCGGGAUAGUUUGGGUCCUACUUUAGUGAACACCAAAAGCCACACACUCGGUUCUUUAUUGAACGAAAUCCAUGAAGUGUGAUCUCAUGGGUCUUCAUUUUGAUUUUAAAGGGAUAUUUAUCUUGUAUUUGUGAGUUCAGUUCUAGGAUGCUACCCAUGGUCAAGAGUGAAAAACUUGGGACUGUUCAAUCGUGACCCUUUUCAAUCUUGACCCUUUUAACUUGUCUUGGGAAGAAGCUUGCAUUUUAUUUAAAAGGAAGGUCAGUUAUAUCCACGUGUUAAAGAAUUAGCAGAAGCUUUAUAAGUGAUGUCGUAGACACUAAUAAGGGAUUUGAUCUUUCUUUUUUGUAACUGAGACUUUUGAAAUGUGGAGCUUAAAUGCAAAUAUGCUGUCUUUUUCUGUUUGUUUUGCUUUAUCUGUUAUAUUCAUUGUAUUUUCAGAUUCACUAUGUAUCUUAUGCAGAAUUUUUUAAUGAAUUAUUUUGUGUGGACAGACAAAAUGGACACUUAGGGGAAAUCUUGCCAACGAAGAAGAAAAUUCUACGCGAACACAUGACAAUACGUACAAUGUUUGUGCCAACUGUAAGCUUAGCUUUUUAAUCCUUAAAGCACAACAGAAUUGAAUAUGAAUGUUUGAUUCUUCAAUGAACUAAGCACGGCUCCGUGGGGACUAAAUGCUGCAGUCACCUGUAUUCCUGCACACUUGCGUUUUUGCUCUCUUGGCAUUUCUCUUCGCUGUAAGAUGACUGUUCCUCCUUGAUACGCUCACCUUGGAAUUGUAUUUCGAGCCGAUAUUUUGGUUCUGGUAACAAUAAAGUAUUUUAAAUUGUCAAGUGACAUCGGUGUCUGUUCUCUCUCUUCCUCUCGAACACGUGUCACCGGAAAACUCUAUUCCCACAUGACAGUGUAUAUUUCCUAUCUGGGCAGCCAAUUAGCGAUGGAAAUUAAGCGGUCCACCUUCAACAUACGUUCGUUGUUCCUUCAAGGGCUCUUGGUACCUUUCCUAGAUUCAGAUGUGACCCAGAAUAGCAUUCAGCGUCUCUACUGGUCUUGUAUUACACUUGCGAUGCCCGUUCCCUUCACCGGGUACAGCUCUCUGCCCAGUGUCCCCUCCCUGUGCUGGGCUAACGUCAAGUUGUCAGUAACAGAUUUCAUUCCCAAGAAUAGAACGUGUUCUCAUGACUCCCAUACAUGCCGCAGCUUCGAAAACAUUCGUCUCAGUGCCAGAAAUAAAGACCUUAAAAGAUGUACGUCUAGCCAUCUUUUGCACACAAGAUAAAUAUAUGGGUGACUUACUGGGACUUCUCUGCUCCCUUCUCUAUGACCUUAGAGGCUUCAUGGUC